AUCGGAAAAGCUAUUCAUAUUGGUGUAGAUUUGGCAUUGGUGUCUGCCUUCUUGGCUGGUGUCAAGAGAAAUACUGGCUUGACGGUUGAUUUCGAUAAGAUUGAAAACAAGGAGAUCCAAUACUAUUCGGGCAAAUACUUGGAUGUUGGUGAAAAGGUGUUUGACUAUUCUGCUGCUUGGUUAGCCAGCUCUGACUACUUUAAGCGUAAAUGA